AGAAAAUGUGCAGAGAUGGUGAUCCUCCAAGAACGUGGUUGAGAAACACUACGCUAAACAGAUGAUCCAAUCAUCAAAUCCUGCACUAUAUGCAAAUUUAACUAGGUUACGUUGACUAAAGCAUCCGAUACACCUGCUAAUUUUAUUAAUUACAGAAACAUUAGCUACAUUUCUUAUUUGGCAUGCAAAUUAUUGUGUAUCAGUGGCAGAUUUAUGCGUGGGAAAUGGGCGACAUCUUGCAGAGGGUGGCACGGAAGUCGGUGGGGGCGGCUUCAACAACCCCUAUUUUCUUUAUUCUGUUUUUGUCAUACAGAUACGUGCAAGACAUCAUUUUUUUUCUCUUUUCACAGAUCAUACAUGUGCGUUCUAAGUCUGUUGUUAAUGCUGCCAUUUGAUAUUAAUUUAACAUUUAAAUUUUAUUGUUUCACUGUCAAAAUUAAAAUAAAAUGAAAAAAAAUUUAAAUAAAGCAAAACAAGACUCUCAAAUUGUUAUCUGCGGUGUUUCUGUUGCUUAUUGCAUUUGCUUUGUUAUAUCUGAUGUCAUAUAGCCAGUAUUUUACUAGGCUUUUUUUUUUUUUACAAUUUGGGAGUAGUAAAAUUUACAUACGUGGUUUCAACAACCAGAUGCAUUUAGAGAUUUCCGGUUUAGUCUAUAAUGCGUCCAAGGCCACCUCCUGAGGAGGUUUGAGCAAUUGAAUUCAUUGCCACCUCAAAUGGGUUUCUCCAUUUCAUGAUCAGAUAGCUGUCUGAUGAGAAACACAUGCAGUGACCAGGUUUAAACAUCCCGUAAAAUAGAUGUGUUUCUGCUCAUGUGUUUCAUGUAGUUAAGAAGAGUGACUGUGGUUCAAUGUGCUAAAUAUAGCACUCUGAAGGACUGCAGAUCUGCUCUUGAUCCUCUCUGCGGCUGGUGUGUGAAAACACAAAGAUGUUCCACACAUGAUGAAUGCUUAAAUUCCUCAUGGGUGUCCAUUCCAAAAGACUCUCUUCAGACAGAGCUGCUUUCAUUUCAAGUGGCACAGAAAUCUUCUACAGAGAUUACUCUCCAUCUUGCUUUGAGUCUGGAGAGUACAGAAAAUCCUGCCUUCUCAUGUGUCUUCAGCAGUGGAAGUGUGAACCUGUGUAACGGGUCUGCUCUGACUGCAGUUUUCCCAAAAUGCUCCUGUAAUUUUUCUGAUCAGCUAAUAAAUACUAAAGGUCAGUGCUACCUAAGAGAAAUUGUGUAUAUGCAAUUAUAUGGAGCAUUUAUAUUGGCAAGAUUUUUAUAAUCAUAAACAUCUUUUUGAAAAAAUCUAUUUAGGUUUGAAAGUGUCUACUACUGUUACUGUUGAGGAUCAGAAGAUCACAAAGAAUCUGACGCUGACAAACUGCUCCAGCAUCACUGAUAAUUCACCAAAUGUUUCUUAUACACAGUGUGUGCAGUGUAUCUCAUCUGGAUGUCACUGGUCUUCUUCAUCUCAGCGCUGUGAUUGGACACAAGGAAGUGAACCACAGUUAAACAUUCAGGAUGCAUGUAAGGAUCUACUAUCUGAGUACAAAGAGCCAGAGAUUCUCUCUUUAGAGCCCCACAAAGUUUCUUUUCAUGGCAGAAACAGCGUUUUACUAAGAGGAAGGAACCUGGACUCUGUCACAAAAAUCCGUAUUCAGGGGGAUCUGGACUGUAUUGCUAAAGAAUCUCCAGUGCUCAAUCGCUCCAGUGACACUUUAGUGGUCAACAUUCCUCCCAGUGAAACUAAAGGAAAAGUGAAAAUGUGUGUUGUUACUCCUGACAACCGCUGUCAUGGCAACAGCAUCAUCACUUACAGUUCCCAACCCAGAUGCACAGGAGUACAGCCUAGAAACAGCUGGAGGAGUGGUGGAAGGAAGAUUCAUGUUCAGGGGACCAAUAUGGAAUAUGUGGAGUCAGUUAUUGCUCAACCUUCUAAUAAAGUGCUGGAAAGUCUGUAUGACGCAAGCUCAGGGGGCAUGUGGUUUUAUUCCCCCCGUUAUGAAGGCAGUGGUCAGUUAAGUUUCUCACUGAAUGUUGGAAACUCCACUGUAGACUGUGUGCAUGAUUUCUCCUACAAGCCUGAUCCAGUAUUCACUGAAUUCACAACAUUACAGGUGGCUAAUGAUCUACAGGUGAACAUUCAGAAAAAGGCAGAUAUGUUGAAUUUGAGCAUGAGCGAGGUCAAUGUAAUGGGAGAUCAGAUUUAUCAGUGUGUUUUGGAGAGGAUUGAGUUCAAUGCCAUCAUCUGUAUUAUUAAAGGACAGUCUGGAGUGGACUCCAUCACUAUUACGAUUGGGAGUUAUGCUGUCAUGAUGGGGAGGGCAAAAUUCUGCCUUAAUCCACAUAAUACAUUAGGCUAAGUAGGAAGGAGCAAUUAAAACAUUUACUCAGUAUUGAGUAAAUGUUUUCAUGUGCCUAGCAAAAAAAAAAAAAAAAAAGAAAAAGAAAAAAAUAUUUAAAAUAUAUUCCUUUCUUUGAAGACAGAUUUGUGCAUUGUAGAUGUCCAUUUUUUUUUUCAUUAAUGUUUUAGUUUUAAUUACCACACUUAUGUUUUUUUAUUAAGUUUUAAUUACUGAGGAGCCAAUGUAUACAAGUAUUGUGUUCUUGGAAAACAUUAUUAUUAUUUUUAAUGGAUUUGUCUCAUCAAACUGUAAAACUAUGUGUGUAUGCAUGUACUCAUAUUUUCUAAUAAAUGUAUAAUAAUAUUUUCAUUCAUCAUAUUGCUUUACUUUAUAGCCACAAGGCUUACCAACAACAUUAUAGGGCUAUUUUCUAGAUAAACUGUAUGCCUGUCAAGUAAAUUAAUUAAAAAUAAGUAAAUAUUAUGUCAGAUCAAGCCAGCAGGUGGCGUAAUAUACCUUUUUUAAUAUCGACUGUAUAAACAAUCAAUCAAGACUACUGUUCUGCUUUUAGUACCACAGUACAAUUAUUUUGGAGAAGAAUCAUAGGCAGUUAAAUUCCAUUAUCUGAAUAUCUGCUAUUAACCAAAUGUUAGCACUGCGUAAUGCAUAGGCUUACUAAAAUCAUGGCAUAUAAAUGAAAUCCACUUGAAAGCGUUUGGUGUGAUUUAAACUAUAGGCACACAUUUUGUAAACACAGAUACAUAAAUAAAAACAGAAACAUUCCACCGCCAAAUCCAUAUUUUAAAAUUUUAAUUGCUGUUCUUCCAACUUUUAUGUUUGUUUUUUUUUGUGUUCAUUGUGUUAUUGAAAGGAAAGAUUGCAGCACAGAUUAACUUAUUCAUCUAAACAAAGCUUCAUGAACAUUUUUUGGAUGUUUGCUAAUAGGAAAGCAUUGCUUGGGUGUAUCGAACUUCUUUUCACCCAUAAGCAAUGACAAAGAAGCUAGCUGUGAUAAUAUUGUGGCUUUUACACACAUUACAGCACUUUAAGAUUGUAGCUCUAAAACAGUCCUUCACUACAGUGCUUAAAGCUUUAUUUGCACUCAGGCCUAUCCUAAUAACCUACACUUACAGUCUCGGCACCUGACAACAUGUUUACUGACACAGUAUAUGUCCUUUUUGGGCUGUAGAAAGUGUGACUGCAUGAGUGUGAGCAGCUUUAAAAUAAACCUCACAUCUUUUGCACAAUUGGCCUAUUUCACAAAUAUGGUUAUCUAGAGCAAAAUAGGGAAGUGUUGUUUCCUGUUUCCCAGCCGCUGCUAUUAUUGUAAUUCAUUCUAAUAGACAUUAGAAUAAACAGUUUAGUUUCCUAUCAGUCACUAUUUCAUUAUUAUAUUGUAACAGUAACCUUAACCUCUACCCAGUAAACAUACUGUGUGCUUUGGUCAUCAAAUAACGUAAAUAAAUAUUAGUUACACACUUGAC